CUCUCUCGCUCACGGGAACGUUCACUGACGGAGAGCAAAGAUGAGCACUCUGCUCAGGUUCUACAGACCCUUGUUCCCAUACUCGACUCGGAAGAUUCAACUCGGAACGCAGCGUUUCCACAGCUUAUUGAAGCCCAAUAGGAGAAUUCGCUGCGUGGCUACUUCCAGCCACUCUCAGCCGUCUAUUGUAGGCGGCGGCGGCAGUAAACCGGAGAGUCCAGAAUCGUCGGAGCUAUGGCUUCACAACACAAUGAGCAGGAAGAAGGAGCUUUUCAGGCCCAAAAUUGAAGGGAAGGUGGGCAUGUAUGUGUGCGGAGUCACAGCCUAUGAUCUCAGCCACAUCGGCCAUGCGCGCGUCUACGUCACAUUCGAUGUUCUCUACAGAUAUCUUAGGCAUUUGGGAUAUCAAGUCACAUACGUUCGGAAUUUCACAGAUGUUGAUGACAAAAUAAUUGCUAGAGCAAAUGAGUUGAGGGAGGAUCCUAUCAGCUUGAGCAGGCGCUACUGCGAGGAGUUCAAUCAAGAUAUGACCUGUCUGCAUUGCCUGCCUCCUUCGGUGGAACCACGAGUGUCCGAUCACAUGCCACAGAUCCUUGAUAUGAUAAAGCAGAUUAUUGAAAAUGGAUAUGGGUACAGUGUUGAUGGGGAUGUUUACUUUAGUGUUGACAAGUUCCCAGAUUAUGGGCGUCUAUCUGGGCGAAAGUUAGAAGAUAAUCGAGCUGGUGAGCGGGUUGCUAUUGAUUCAAGGAAAAAACAUCCUGGUGACUUUGCCAUGUGGAAGUCUGCAAAGGAAGGAGAACCCUUCUGGGACAGUCCAUGGGGCCCUGGUAGACCCGGCUGGCAUAUCGAGUGCAGUGCAAUGAGUGCUGCUUAUCUGGGUUACUCUUUCGACAUACAUGGUGGAGGGAUGGACCUUGUGUUUCCCCACCAUGAAAAUGAAAUUGCACAGAGUUGUGCUGCAUGUAACCACAGUAACAUAAGCUACUGGAUACACAAUGGUUUUGUCACCAUUGACUCAGAGAAAAUGUCCAAAUCCCUUGGAAACUUCUUCACAAUUCGGCAGGUUAUAGACCUCUACCAUCCAUUGGCUUUGCGACUUUUCUUGUUAGGGACCCACUAUCAGUCUCCGAUCAACUACUCUGAUGCGCUGCUUGAAAGUGCUUCAGACCGGAUUUUCUACAUUUAUCAGGCAUUACAUGAUUGUGAAAGUGCUCUGAGCCAGAAUAAUGGGGUAACCCUGAAAGAUACCAUCCCUCCUGAUACACUGAACAGCAUCAAUAACUUCUAUAACAUUUUCGUAACGUCAAUGUCAGAUGAUCUUCACACUCCUGUUGUUUUGGCUGCACUAUCAGACCCAUUAAAAACUAUCAAUGAUCUGCUACAUACUCGUAAGGGGAAGAGGCAAGAACUGCGGAUGGAGUCGCUGGCAGCUUUGGGAAAGAUAAUUAAGAAUGUUUUGAGCAUUUUAGGACUGAUGCCUGCAAGCUACCCGGAGAUUCUGCAGGAGCUGAAGGAUAAAGCCUUGAAGCGUGCAAAGUUAACCGAAGAUCAAGUAUUGCAAAAAAUCGAGGAAAGAAAUGCAGCGAGGAAGAACAAAGAGUAUGAAAGAUCAGAUACAAUUAGAAGAGAUUUAGCUGCCGUGGGGAUUGCUCUUAUGGACAGCCCAGAUGGAACGACGUGGAGACCUGCCGUACCUCUUGCAAUUCAAGAGCAGCAGGUUGCAACUACUUGAAACAGAUCCUGCUGUCAGCACUGUCAUAAUUCUUUAGUAUCAUACCAUGUAGAAUUAGGGCAUAUACAAUUUUCUCUCCUAUGCAAUUCUGAAAAAAAUAGGCUUUCACUUUCCGAAUG